CGUGGAUAGAGAGAAUAAUAAAUACAGUAGUAAGAAAAUAUAGCCAAGAGGAGUAGCCCACAUUCCUCAUUUUCUGCCGCGAUGGUUGCCGCCCUUAUCAAGGCCUCCGUCGGCGAUGCUGUGCUCACCUUCAUGUGGGUUUUCUGCGCCUCCUCGCUCGGCGCCCUCACCUACGUCGUCUCCUCCGCUCUCGGCGUCGCCCCCGGCCUGCCCUCCCUUUUCAUCACCACUUUUCUCAUCUUCAUCCUCUUGUUCAUUUUCGGGUUCCUCGGCGAUCUCCUCGGCGGCGCCUCCUUCAAUCCCACCGGCACCGCCGCCUUUUACGCCGCCGGCCUCGGCGGCGCCGACUCUCUCUUCUCCGCCUCCGUCCGCUUUCCUGCUCAGGCAGCUGGUGCAGUCGGUGGCGCGGUGGCGAUUAUAGAAGCGAUGCCGGUGCAGUACAAGCAUAUGCUCGGGGGUCCUUCGCUGAAGGUCGACACCAACACUGGAGCAAUUGCUGAGGGGGUUUUGACCUUCCUAAUGACCUUGGCUGUGCUCUUCAUAAUCAUUAAAGGUCCUAAAAGCAUGUUUGUCAAGAACUGGAUGCUUGCUAUCUCCACUGUGUCUCUUGUAGUUGCAGGUACCACUUAUACAGGUCCUUCCAUGAAUCCUGCUAAUGCAUUUGGGUGGGCUUAUGUAAACAAUACACACAGUACUUGGGAGCAUUUCCUUGUGUAUUGGAUCAGCCCCUUUGUCGGAGCAAUACUGUCUGCCUGGGUUUUCCGUUUUCUAUGUCCUCAACCCCCGAAGAAGAAGAAAGCUUGAAAGCGAUAUUCAAUCAUUGAAUCAGUAUAUUAGGAACACAUUCACUUCUCUUUACUAUGACUAUUUAGGUAUUGGAUGUAGAGGUUCAGCAUAAUGCAAAAUAUUGCACUUAGCUGACAUUGUGUGGUACGUUCAGUUCAUUUCCUAGUCAAUAUUAAAGUUAUGGUUUCAUCAAA